CUCCUUGUCAUGCAUACAAUGCUGGGAUGGCAAUAUGUCAAGGUGCUUUGGAGGUGGCAAAGGCGACAGUGAGUGCAGCAAAGGGUACACUAGAUGUUGCCAAGCUGGCCCUCAGAGGAGUGCAGGAGAUAGUGGACAACAGCCGUUGGACCCUCGAUGUAGCAAUAGGUGUCCUGGAAGGAACAAAAGUCGCCGUCCAUGAGACAUGCGAUCUUGGCAUCGACAUUGCAAAAGGAACACUUGAUGCUGCCCGGGAAGUCAACAAGUUUGGCGCCAAAGUGGCAGAAAAGGCUGUACAGGGAGCCCUGGGAGGAGUGGUGGACAUCCAUGAGAUGGGCUUCAAGGUGAAAGUUGCCGUGGCACAGACCGGCAGCUUUGAUGGCUGGAUGAAGGUCUCUUUCUUUAGAGAAAAGCCUCAGACAAUUAACAUCAAGAUCAAGAUCUUCUCCAUUGAAGAAAUGGCCGAGUUCAUCCUUGACAUGAUCAAAGAUCUCUUGGAUGUGUGAAACCACACAAAGAAGCUGUCUAAUUUGGGACCAAAAUAGGGCUUAAGUGUUGUAUUUGUAGAACAAUAGCCCCUUUGAUAAGCCCUUUACAGCAUGCACCUAAAAACGUGUUUUAGGGAAUAACAUUUAAUGCUCUGCUUAAGCUAGUGUUGGUGGUAGUUGCCUUUUUCUCUUCCACAGGCUUAGGUGAUGAAAGGAACUUAAUUCUAUCAGCUAUCAGAUACACUAUGAAUUCUUAACUAUUUGCAAACCAACUUAAAUAUAUUGCAUGUAUUGUUUUCAAACUUACUAUUAAACUAUAUCCUAACUAAAACUGCGCUCCAAGCGGCCGGCCCUACAAUUGCCGCCACCCUAGGACUACAGCCAGUGAGAGAUUGUGUAAACACAGGCUACAUUAAACUAUAGUGUAGAUCUGUAGGAACAUAAAAAUGUUAGAUUAACA